GGUCACGCGUCUCGCUCGUUAUCAUCCGUUUGAAGCCAAACCGAUGAUUUCUAAUAACAAUUGUCAUUACGUAGAUCGUUCCGACUGCUCACGACCGUUUCAACUUUCGCCACCGUUGAGCACGAUGGAACUGGCCGACUUGCUGCUGCAGGAGGUGGACGCUCUGCUGGUCGGGGCGGCGUGCAGGGUGACUCUUCUGCCGCGUCUCCUGCGAGACGACAAAGAAGAGUUGGUUGCAAGCAUAGAGAAGGACAUAGGAGAUGCUCGUGAGUUGCUGGAGCAGCUGGAGCUGGCUGGGUGGGAGAUGGACGCAAAGCGACGAAAACGUCACCAGGAGCUCGUGAAGACCAAAGGAGAGGCUGUCACUCAGCUACAGAAGGACUACUGGCGGGCCCGGAUCUCCUACAGGGACGUAGUGAGUCCAUGGAAUGAAGUUCUGGAGGAAGGUGCAGAGGAGGCCAACCUGUCGGAAGAUCUGAAAGUCCAGCUGAUUGAGAACACGGUGCGGUUGGACAGCGGCACGCGGAUGUUGGAGAUCGCUUGCCUCGCCUGCACAGAGACAGAGCAAAUUGGCCUGGAUGUUACAAGACAUUUGCAGAAGGACACAGAGAAACUGCAGUUGGUUAGAAGCCACUUACAGGACACACAGCGACACUUGAAAUGCAGCAAGUACGUCCAAAACAGGAUUGUAAACAGGUGGAGGACAGACGGAGGGCCGGAGAAAUAAUUACGUGUCACGGCUCGGCGGUGUGGCAGAUCCGUGAGCAUCGCGUGCCCGCUAAUGCAUGGCGUCGCACAAAUUAUUCAUUGGGCUCAUAGUGUGACAGUUUUGCAUGCGGUUAGAGUGGGGAAUCUGUUGAAUUAUGAAAUUUCUUUAUGCUGAAACUUUAAUAAGUAACAUGCUAAUUUACGUUCUGUGUUUUUUUUUGGCUAUUAUAGAUUCUGGGGAUAUGCCUGUUGAAACAAAGUUUCAGCGGUCUGUUUAAAUUACAUCACUUGCAUUCAAAGAAGAGUUCUUUUCAGAGUUAAGAGCUGGGAUUGAGCGGCUGUUUCAUUAUUGAGUUUUAUAGGCUGUUGUUUUUUUUUUACAAUAUUAUUCUGUAAAGCAAUCAUUCUACACCGUACACACACAUUGUGUUCACGGAUCCACUUAAUAUUCCAGAAGCCUUAUAUACAUUUCAGGCUAAAUGUGUGUUUUUCAUAACUAAACGUCAGCGUGUUUUCCGAUACGUAAUUUUGUCAACAUAUUAGCAAAAUUAUCCAUUUAUAUGAUGGAGCAUCGAAAAGGUUAAGUAGUGGAACAUCGGUUUGCUCACCGUGCCAUUAACCCCUGUGAUCUGAGUUCAAUUCCUGGAGAUGGUUAACAUCAGUGGCAAAUGAUAUCUGAAACAGUCUUCGACACGCGCCCACUUCACCCAGCCACACUGACCAGCGUGGUGAAGUACGAUCAAGCAGCUCCCGUGACCAGCACGACGUGGAGGAGGAAUCCAUGCAGCAGUCGAUUGACAAAGGGCUGUACAUUGUUGUUUUAUUUUUCGCUAGAAUAUAUUUCAGAGAUUGUAAAAAAAAAAAAUCUCGGAACUACCACCGUGUCGACUCACAAGCAGCUACAAGCCCUCCGUGUAGGUUCAUCUCCAUUGACAAGGGGUCACUGUGUACCUUUGCCUAUCGUAAUUCAAAGCCACUUGAUUGUCAUGGCUAUUUCCCCCCAUCAGGGAAUUGUUGACAAAUCACUCAAACGAUGGGAACAUAUGCUUGAACUGACAAACCACUUUACCAAAGCUGCAAUUUGCAUAUUGGUGCACGGCUCGCACCAUUGCCGGUCUGUUAUCUUGCAAUAAAUAAAAGCAUGACCGCGGUGUUGUCCAGGCGGACGGGGAUUUUCCGCAUUGAAGUUGUGUCCUUGGCUCUUUAUCCCAGCCAAACAAGGGGACACUGCCAUAGCGCCGUUGUUAAAUAUGCACGUUAGAUUCGUGGAAGUUUGCUCAUUUGUGGAUUAGUUGGACAAUGAAGAGCAACAAUUCACGGCACAGCCUCCUGAGAACCUAUAAACUAUAAAACGAUCAACUAUUUUAUUUUAUCCGGGUAAGGCCCACUGAGCUGUAUAUUUAUUUUUCAGAAGCGAUCUGGGCACAAAUGAUGGAUCGACGAAGUGCCUCAUCUUGUGGCAAUUUGUAGCAGCCAAAUCCUCUAAAGCAAACGUCGAUUCGAAAUGUGGAAGGAAACACCGGAGGACCAGGAGAAAUAUCCACGCGAUCACGGAGAGAACAUGCGAACUCCAAAUGUACAGCAGGCGCGAGGGUCGGGUUGACCCCACGACCUCCUUUAUACUCGGCGAGGCAGUUAACAUCUCACCACCAUGGCAUCCCUCAGGACGUCCACAAGUGAUGCACGAAUGAUGGCAGCGAACCGAAAACCUGGGUGCCCUUUCCCAACGAAACUGUCGAACGUGAGACCUCUUUACCGAGGCAACGACGCCAUCGCAUGCCGUACAUCGCCAUACCAUCGGUGGGAUAAUUUUAACGAAGAUAAUUCACAGCCCCCUUUGUCAAUCCAGUGCUGCUGGGUGAAGACCUCUCCCCCCCCCCCCCACGUGGGUUGUGGGUGUUUGUCAUCGUGCUAAUGGUGGGGAGCGGUAGCGUAGUGGUUAGCACUACGCUGCUCUACGAACCCGGCGAACCGAGUUCGAUUCCCGCUCACGGCCAUCAUCACCAGUUACAAUUAUCUGAACCGGUCCUGGGCCUCCCCUAGGUCGACUCGGCCUCAAAUGAGUACCUAGUGCGAUGUGUGAACAUCGCCACUGGGGAGACAAUGGCGGUCGGGCGUUGUGCUGGCCACCCACCCCCUCGUGUGCCGUGCCGGCCUUCAUAGGUGCUCGCUAACAGCACUUGCCCCAACAGUCUGUUACAGGCUACACGGGGGCUCUUUGUCUGUGGUGGGGGGCUCUUUGUCUGUGGUGGGGGGCAGGCAGAAAUGGUUCAGAUGUUAUUCCAAGACCGAUGCUGGCAGAUGACGGGAAUUAAAACUUAGGUCGCCGAGUUUCAGGGUGCAGUACACCACAAUCACGACACAUUAAUGUUUUGGCUUUUUUAACAUCGCAAAUCUAUUUGUUUCUAUCUCUUCUGUUUAUUUGUUUGUUUUCCGGCUGCAUGAGUCAUCGGACGCAUGGAUUGAAUGUUUUCUCCCCGUGUGUGUGUGUCUGUGUGUCUACAUGUGUGGCUGUGUACUUUAUUGGGUUAAAAAAAGCACAAUUACGCUCCGCUGAUUACACACAAUAAGUUGAACCAUGUGUGUGUUCCUUGGGUAGUUUUUGCUGUUUGGAAGUGGGUUUGGAGCUGGAUGAUUGUGGCAACAGGGAAGUUGUGCUAAUGGCUAUUUGCAAUCUGUUGGUCUGUGUAUUCUGCACACUAGCUGCUCCUAACGAUAUUUAAAUAUUCAAGUAACGUUUGAUCUUGUAUUAGUCGGGGCUCGAUGUAACAUUCAUAUUCACACCAUAUAUUAACAGUAAAGUUGUAAUUUGGUAAAAGCAACAGAGAACUUCCACAAAAAAACAUCCCGCAAGUGUGCAUGUGCCCAUUAACCCCGUAGAGCGAUCUGCUUCAACUCAACUUCAAAGGCCACGAACAUCUGAUGCUGGGCCUAAACGUGCUGUACACUCAUAUCAUCGUCCGCGUGCUCCCCGAGUUAUCCCUUGUACAAUUUGCCUCUCGAGGUGUACAUGUUAAGGUGCCGUGGAACAACCCAGAAGACUGAGUGGACGGCGCUUAGAAACGGCGUUGAAUAUUGCGGUGUGAGCGACGGCGUUUGCGAUAAACCAUUGGAGAGGUCAGAUGCUCCCCCGCGCCAACCAUGCGGCAGCCUCGUGGGAAUCGCUCACUCACGCUCGCUGAUUGAUCUCAGCUUUUGAAGGAAAAACUAAAAGAGAACGGAAUAAUCCAGUCAAUAACCGUCUCCGCUGCUAAUCCACUGUAAGCAAAACAGCACUCUGGGUACAUUGAAUGUAAUUGACUGUGGUGCUUCUUUAUCGACUUGAAAUCUAAGCAGCACCGUUGCACAUUAGUUUGUUAGAGCUGGCAUUUGCCAAGUGCAUUCUGAAGUGGUUUGACAGCUAUAGGACUACACGCCGUAACCUUUGGCUUACGGCGACAGGGUAGCGGUAACACGUGCUGUUGGCUUGCAGCAGCGUUGGCUGUCAACUGUCGUGUUGCUGAAUUGGAAAUGCGAAGCGGUUCACGGGAGAGGCCCAGGAUGAUUUCCUCGACAUAAAACAUUUAAGGCGUUUUCUUGUAAAUAUUAUGUAUAUUAUCGAAACAAAAUUCACUGAAAAUUAUACUGACUUCCUGGGAAAUUAUUCAUUUUUGAUCUGCCAACCCUGGAUUUGCAAGACGCUCCAAAGAUAUAUAAUUUUUUGUGACGUGUCCCUUUGAUCUUUGAGAUAGUAAAUUGGGAGCAAAAUUAAAUACACCCGAAAAUGCUUCAAUUAAAAUACCAAAUGAAACUUUAAUUUGAAAACUGCAUCAAAUAUUCAUGAUAAACAUUUACAUGUUGCUAGCAAACCUAAGCAUGCAUAUCUAAAAUGCAAUACAUUGUAAUGCAUUUAUCAUGUUUAAGAUCGUGCAUUGUUUAAUGAAGCUAUCGCACGUUUAUAAGCAUACAAUCUUGGAAACAUUUGAUUAAGUGCCGUACCCCUUUGAGGAUUGAUGAUUCCAUAGAACAGCCCCAAUUUAUGGGGUGAAUCUAAACGCGCCACCCCAGUGAUUGCUCAGUGCCAUCGAGAGUUUGUUAGCUUUUCCGAGGAGAAACUCGAAACGUAAUUCAGUGAAUCCCUCGGGGGAGUUUCACAUUGCUGUGGUGUUUGGCUCCCCGAAGUUGACAAUGGCAGUCAAGUUCAAGUUCAUUUAUUAGGUAUAGCCCUGUGAGCCAUUCGGCUCUUGAAUCGGGUGCAACCGCAACAAACAGAAAACAGAAACAUGAACAAAAAACAUCUUAAAGUGGCUAUGUGCAAACAGAAAAUCCAAGAAAAGACAGCAAAAUAUUGCAGAAAAAGCACCGUACACCAACACUGUGUGCAAAAAUCCCAGUGGGAUGCAAGUCAAACAACAACAAUCACAAGACAACUUAGAUUUAAGGCCAUCAGUCUAACUCUGUACUACAACAAACAAACAUGGCCAAACCAAAAAACUUUUCGAAAAUGACCAAAAUAAAACCAUAAAAGCAAUGAAGCAGUGAUCAUAGGAACUGUGACCGAAUUUUCACAAUAAACGACGUAAACAACAUGUACCACCAAACUCUGCAGCCAUAGCUGGCUGCACGACGCUCCAGAAGCUGCCGCCGCCGCUGCGAGAAUCCGCUGCGCGCGUUGUCGCUCACCGAUGGGGCCCGCUUGUCCCUUCUCUACGAGUUGCGUGCAGAAUCUUGAGCAAAAGCAUUCAAACAACACGGUGGGAGUUUCUUAUCUGUCAUGUUUUCCAAAAUGAUGGGGGGGGGGCGCGGUGUUUUUUUUGCAAACUGUAGGUAUGUUCUUUAUCGGUGAUGAGUUGUCUAAAGUUAUGUUGGGGCUUUCCGGAGUUCCGAGUCGGCUGUGAGUGUCAGCGCAUAACCGGUUUAAUUCUGAUACAACCAACAACGCUACAGCGCCUUUUUCAGUCCACUUCUAGAAGAAGGCCUCCCUCCCCCAUGCUAUAUUGGUCGUGGGGGAUGUUUGGCCUUGCUUAUAAUAAUUUUUUUAACAAAUUAUAAUUUUAUUAAAUUGAAUCUCGAAACGCUGAACGUCGAAAGCCACGUGAGCGUCAACAUGGUACGAGACAUACCGCUGAGAAAAAAAACGAAUGGGAUCAAGGGUACGGGAGGGAGUGACAGUGCUGCGGUUAGUAUGCUCGCUACGAACCCGGCGACCCGAGUUCGAUUCCCACUCACGACCAACACCAGUGACGAUUAUCUGAACCCAGUAGUGGACCUCCCCUAGGUCAAUUCAGCCUCAAUAGAGUACCUGGUGCGGUGUAUAAAUAUUACCUUUUAAGAGACAAAGGCGGUCGGGCGUGGCGCUGGUCACCCACCCUCUCGUGUGCCGUGGUGGCCUUCAAUGGGUGCUUGCUAACAGCACUUGUCCCAACAGUCUGUUUAGGCUAUACGGGGUUUUUUUGUCUUUAGAGGUGAACACAAAAUGAGCCAUGUUGGCAACCUCCGUCAUGCUUUCAGUGUGGGUCAGUGAAUCAGAGAUUUCAACGAUUGUAAUGUGUUAGCAGAGCGUGAGGCUGCACGUGGCUUGAGACUGGACCUCUACAAGGUUAGAUCAUGUGUAGACACUUCCCCUGCGUUCCCCGACUGUGCACCAUCAAGGGGUUGUUGGGGGGAUCUGUAAAUUUGAAACGUGUUUCCUGGUUUCCCUGUGUCCCCCCCCUCCCGCUCUCUUUAAUCGCUGCUUAUGAGCACAAGAGUCGCCAGAUUUAUUGUCGCAUAGUUUGGGCCGAUGGGCCUUCUUCUUGGCGUGUGCUGUGGAAUUGACGAGAUCCGCCACUGAAUAACCCAAGAAGUCAACGGUCCAUUUUCCUGCAGCAGCAUGCAUGAGAUGUGUGUCACAGGCUGCUGUCUGACACAAAUCUGAAGCUUUGUUCUUGUGAAUUUUUUUUCUUCUUAAAACCACAGUCAGGAGCACUAAACUAACAUCACUGCAUUUACCGCCUUUGUUGAAAAUUCUGGGUCACUUUAGUGACCGUGACUGAAGUAGACCCGAAUGUGAUUUGAAAUAAACGUUUCCGAUUCAUGCAGAUUCAAAGCUUUGCAUUUAUGUGGUAUAGUUCAGGACACACAGCUAAGGUACAUGUAUUUAAAUUGGGAAUUUUAUUUUAAGGAAUUCAUUGUGGUUGUACACUCACAGAACGGAUGUUCUUCAAAAAAUGCACCUUCUGUCAAUGUUUGCACUACUGGCCUAUGCAUGUUGACUCAUUUGUUGCCAGUAAAGAUUUUAAGGUGAGUCAGUUUUUUUGUGUUACAUCCGGAAGGGAAACUUCCAUGUCUCCGCUGUCAUCGUCAACUGUGCAGUGGAUACAUUUAGCAGGAAAUGUAGACAACAUAGUCUUCCCCGAAUCGGCUAUGGUCUGAUGCAAUCGGGCGUCGACCCACUGCUAAUUAAAUAUUUCUGCUUUUACAAAUGUGCGUUAAGGUGACACGGGAGGUGAGUGUGAUGGAACAUUGGGCAUUUGGCGACGCGCCUCGCCCCAGGUCCCUUUAAACCUCGCGAGCUGCACCGCCACGGUCCCGGUAUCACCUGUUUUAGUCUUAAAACAAAAUUCCGAGCUUUUAGGAAGUGAAUGGGGUUCUCUUGAAAAACUCUUAAGCCGUGCUGAUAUUUGGUCAGAUUGUGGUGUGGCUUUCUGGAAUUCAAGCGUGGAUAGCCGCUAUCUGAUGGAGGGGGGGGGGGCUUUGGGGGGACCAGCAAUACUGUCGUGUGGGCGCGUGACAGCACCUGUGGUCUUGAGAA